GCUCUCCGCUAGCAAAACCAUAUUUAUAAGAACUCAACCUCGGCGAUCACAAACUCGCAAAGUCAGUCGCAAAGCCCGUCGCAAACUCGCAAUCUCGCAAACAAGCUCAUGGCCACCUCGGCGAUCACAUCCCCUCCGGCUCCGGCAGCAACGCUGCCCCUGGCGGGCCGCGUGGCCAUCGUCACCGGCGCGUCGGGCGGCAUCGGGCGCGGCAUCGCGACCCACCUGUCGUCCCUCGGCGCCAGCCUGGUCCUCGGGUACGCCUCCAGCUCUCAGCAGGCCGACGCGCUGGCCGCUGAGCUCCCGCGCGCCGUGGCGAUCAAGGCCGACGUCUCCGACGAGGCGGGCGUCCGGUCCCUCUUUGACGCCGCAGAGACCGCCUUCGGCGGCCCGGCGCACAUCCUGGUGGCCUGCGCGGGCCUGGGCAUCGGGACGUACCCGUCGCUCGCCAACACCGCCACGGCGGACUUCGACAACGUGUUCGCGGUGAACACCCGGGGCGCGUUUCUGUGCCUCCGCGAGGCGGCGAACCGGCUGCGGCGCGGGGGCGGGGGCCGGAUCGUGGCUGUGUCCUCGACGCUGGCGGUGACGCUGCUCCCUGGCUACGGGGCGUACACAGCGUCCAAGGCGGCCGUGGAGGCGAUGGUGCGGGUGGCCGCGAAGGAGCUCGGGUCGGCGCGGGUGACGGUGAACUGCGUGGCGCCGGGGCCCGUGGCGACGGAGCUCUUCUUCGACGGGAAGAGCGAGGAGGCGGUGGAGAGGUUCAGGGCUGGGCACCCGAUGGGGCGGCUUGGGGAGGUGGGCGACAUCGCGCCGGCGGUCGGGUUCCUCUGCACUGACGCGGCCGAGUGGGUGAACGGCCAGGUCAUUCGGGUCAACGGCGGCAUUGCUUAAUUACCGUGGCUGUUCGCCGCUGUCUUUCUGUUUCUCCUGUGUGGAACGGAUGCCUCCGUUUUCUUAAACUAGAUGAUACUCCGCGCAUUGCUGCAAAAAUUUGUAUGUGGAUUUUCAACGUAACAUCGACAUCUUAAAGAAGAACACAAUUUCAAUCCAUAAAAUGGUAGAUUAUUUAUAUAGGAAAUGAUUGAAAUUUCUUGUUGGUACAAAUAUGUAACAUAUGAUAAAGUCGUAGCAGUUUGUAGCAUGAACCAUAUAGCGUUUGAUAAAACUAUAGCAACUUGUAGCAUGUACUAUGUUCUUACUCGAUAUAUAUGUUGUUGUCUGUA